UUUUUUUUUUCUUUCUUUCUUUUACCUAUAUUUAAUAUCUUUAUCUUUACCAUUUAUUUAAAAUAAAAAUACUAACAAAAAAAAAUGGAACCUUUAAGAAGGUAUCUAAAGCCACAUCAAAUAGUAUCAUUUAUAUUAUAUCCGGCAACUAUCUUUGUCGCCUUCCUCUAUUCAGCUUUAGGCAAUCCACCAAAUACUUACUUCAGCAGUAAGCGAAAUAUUUUUAACGUUCUUUUUGUUAAAAUCGGCUGGUUCUGGGUGACACUUGUUUAUUUUGUUUAUUUAUGUCUUGUUCGAUCAAGGCAAUUUCAAAACAUGCAAGCAUUCAAGAGUGGUACAUUACGUUAUUUUGCUGUAACACUCUAUUGGUAUGCCAUGACUCAAUGGUUAUUCGGUCCUAGUUUCAUCGAUCGAAUCUAUAUUUUAACAGGAGGCAAAUGUAUUUCACUUAAUGAACACUCUAAUUUAACUGCAACAGAGGAAGUAUUGACCACGGUCGUUCAACAGCAAGUAUGUCGGAAACUAGGUGGCCAAUGGAUAGGUGGACAUGACGUCUCUGGUCAUUGUGUCUUAUUAAUUCAUGCUAGUCUAUUCUUUUGGGAGGAAUUAAGUUGGUUGUUUUAUAAUCAAAUACCACUCAAAAAGAUGAAAAGAGAAAAUAGAGUACAGUUUUGGUCUGUUAUUAGUGUAUUAGCUAUUGCUGUUUUGUGGUGGGUAAUGUUGUUUAUGACGGGUGUCUAUUUCCAUGGUCAUUUUGAAUUAUUAUCUGGAGCAUUCUUUGGUGUAUUAGGCUGGGCCAUAUUGGUAAAGUAUAAGUAUACAGAUAUAUAUUGUAGGUUUGAAUAUUAAUAUUUAGUUUAUUAUUAUAGUAUCUUGGAAUAUUUCCUAGAC